UGCACAUCCUGUGUGCUGAUCCUGAAGCUUGCCCGCUGCCAUGGAGACCAGAACCCUGUGGCUAAUGCUGCUGGUCCUGCUUGCAGGGUCCUCUGGGAUAGGUGCAGAGUAUGUGGGCCUGGCUCUAAGCGAGUGUAAGGUCCCACCAGAACACAGGAAAGACUGUGGCUUCCCUGGCAUCUCAGAAGAGGAGUGCAACCAUCGGGGCUGCUGCUUUGACUCCAGCAUCCUGAGAGCACCCUGGUGCUUCUUUCUUCUGCAUCAGACAGAAUAAACAUUUGAACACAGUUCAGCUUCUGGGAAGGGAGCUCUGCACCCUGGUCUCCUGCUGGAGGCAGUGGCCUAGGCUAGCAUUCAUCCCUGCUCUGCUCUCUCUGCUGCUGCCCAAUAUGGAAGCCUGGAUCCCUGAAGAAUAAAGACCCCACACUCAGCACAAGGCUGUUCUGAUUGCA